AUGUUGGCGCAGGCUAGAAUUAAUACAUUGAAGGAGAAGAUGCAAGUUCUCAAGGAUCUAUAUGCGAGUCGACGCUACACGCAGUGCGCAAAUCUUGGCGAGCAUCUACUGAGCGAAGUUGAUAACAGGACUCAUCCUGUACACAAUGCUUACCUAAACUUCUACAUGGCCCUCUCCCACGACACAUUGGCAAGAGAAGCGACACUCAAAAACCGCUACAAAGAACUAAAUGCGGCGGAGAAGUACUACAGUGAGACUAUCGUCGCUCUUACACCACCCUCGCCAUCCUCUACUGCGCCGACCAUCGACGGGGAGCAGCCUAUGACACCAGACUCGGCCACUAUUCCGGACGAGCAGGCCUGGUCUCGACGAUUAUCCAGGACGAGGUCCUUCGACUCCACUAGCAGUUAUCGCAGCUCGACAUCCAGCACGGAUUCCUACGCCUUUGACUUGGAGCAGGACCCAGAUCUUGCACUUAGGAAUUUUCGCUUCCCAUCGCCACCGGGGAAAGUUGCAGACUCGAGUACGCCUGCUGAGUCCAAAACUCUGUCCCAGUACUUCAAGAACGACAGUGUGCUAUCACCGCUGUCAACCGAGCAGGUACGAUCGAAACCAGUGGCCCGACUACCGAAUGGUGCCCCCGCCUUCGUCCGUAUGGUAGAGGGUCACCUUGCUAGUGUGCGUACCCUGAAGGAAACGACUGGUGUACGGGGUGUACGAUUCGCCUUCCCAACUCCUUCGCCCUCACCCACGAAGUCGUGGUUCAGAGAUUCGAAAAGCAGUCCCCUGUCAGAGGAAGAGGAGAGGGAAAACCUACGGGAGAAGAGGAGGAAGGUGACAUUCCGGCCACGCUUCGACCCUGAGAGCGUGCGGAAGCUUUGCAACGACGCCCUGGCAGAGCUUUGA